AUGAAGCUCAUCACCCUAAUAACAACCACCUUCCUCGCCCUCCUGGCCCCAACUACCCUAGCCUGGGACGAAAGCAUAUCUGAGCGCGAAGACCCCGAAACCCGGCUCCUCCUCUCGGACUACACCACCCGCAACACAAUCGGCGUAACCUGGCUCACAGACGCCUGGCAGAACAGUUACUGCACCAACAUCUCGUCAUCCCAGGCAACGAGGAUCGAAGUAGAUAGAUGGAACUGUGGGACUCAGCGAUGCUCUGUCUUCAGGUCAACAGACUGUACUGGUGAGGGCUUUGCCUUCUUCAGCCGGCCGUUGGAUCGCGCUGUCACGCAGUGGUCGAGUACCCCGUGGGGUUCUGUGGUGUGUGAGUGGGAGGAUCGCAGUUCCUGCGUCGCCGCGUAUACUGAGAAUGCGCCUGCUAAGUCUACACCCACCCUUCCACCGAAGAGGUGGUAG